CUCUCUCUCUCUCUCUCGCUCUCGCUCUCUCUUUCUGUGUGUGUGUAAAAAAGCACAGAAAAAUGGCGGAGGCGGCUUCAAUGGAGGAAAUUAGGGCGACAGCCUCUCGACUGGGCAUCGACCUCUCUGAAGUUGAUUUGGACACCAUUCGCCUCCCUCCUGGUGAGGACUUGGGCAUCAAAAGUGAUGAUGAAGAUCUGAAUGAGGACGACCCACUGGAAUUCGAUGGCGGGUUCGGAAACAUAAUAGUUGUGGAUAACCUACCUGUUGUUCCGAAAGAGAAGUUCGAGAAGCUGGAAGGUGUUAUUCGCAAAAUCUACAGUCAGAUUGGAGUCAUCAAAGAAGAUGGCCUUUGGAUGCCCAUCGAUCCUUCCUCCCACAAAACCCUCGGCUAUUGCUUCAUUGAGUAUAACACUCCUCAGGAAGCUGAACUUGCGAGGGAGAAGACACAUAACUACAAGUUGGACAGGUUUCAUAUAUUUGCUGUAAACAUGUUUGAUGACAUUGAAAAGUUCUUGAAAGUUCCAGAUGAAUGGGCUCCACCUGAAACCAAGCCAUAUACUCCAGGAGAAAAUCUGCAGAAAUGGCUUACUGAUGAGAAGGCUAGAGAUCAGUUUGUUAUUCGAUCUGGCUCAGACACUGAAGUAUUGUGGAAUGAUGCGAGACAUUUGAAGCCCGAGCCUGUUUACAAACGUUCAUUUUGGACAGAAAGUUUUGUGCAGUGGUCCCCUCUGGGGACAUACUUGGCCACAGUUCAUAGGCAGGGUGCUGCUGUUUGGGGUGGUGCCACUACCUUCAACAGGCUUAUGCGUUAUGCUCAUCCGCAGGUUAAAUUGAUUGAUUUCUCUCCUGGUGAGAACUUUUUGGUGACAUACAGCAGCCAUGAACCAAGCAAUCCUCGUGAUACUCAUAGGGUGGUGUUAAAUAUUUUUGAUGUGAGAACUGGAAAAGUGAUGAGGGAUUUCAAGGGAAGUGCAGAUGAGUUUGCAGUUGGUGGAACUGGAGGUGUUACUGGGGUGUCUUGGCCAGUUUUCAGAUGGGGUGGUGGAAAAGAUGACAAGUAUUUUGCCCGAAUUGGUAAAAAUGUGAUCUCAGUCUAUGAAACAGAGACCUUUACACUUAUUGACAAGAAAUCCAUAAAGGUUGAAAAUGUGAUGGACUUUAGUUGGUCACCUACUGAUCCCAUUCUUGCACUAUUUGUUCCUGAACUUGGUGGAGGGAACCAACCUGCAAGGGUGAGUCUUAUUCAAAUCCCAAGCAAAGAAGAGUUGAGGCAGAAGAAUCUUUUCAGUGUUAGUGAUUGCAAAAUGUAUUGGCAAAGCAAUGGGGAUUACCUUGCUGUUAAGGUUGACCGCUAUACAAAAACUAAGAAGAGCACAUACACUGGAUUUGAGCUUUUCCGGAUUAAAGAACGUGACAUACCAAUUGAGGUUUUGGAGCUUGAGAAUAAGAAUGACAAGAUUAUUGCAUUUGCUUGGGAACCAAAGGGCCAUAGGUUUGCAGUUAUCCAUGGUGAUAGCCCUAGGCCCGACAUAAGUUUCUACUCGAUGCGGAGCACUUCUAACACCGGUCGUGUUUCAAAGCUCACAACUCUAAAGGGAAAGCAAGCUAAUGCUCUUUACUGGUCGCCAGCUGGCCGUUUCAUCAUACUUGCGGGGUUGCAGGGCUUCAAUGGACAGUUGGAGUUCUUCAAUGUUGACGAGCUUGAAACCAUGGCGACUGCUGAGCAUUUCAUGGCAACAGAUAUUGAAUGGGAUCCUACUGGAAGGUAUGUUGCAACUUCAGUUACUUCAGUUCAUGAGAUGGAAAAUGGUUUCAAUAUCUGGUCUUUUCAUGGAAAGCUACUGUAUCGGAUAUUAAAGGAUCACUUCUUCCAAUUUUUGUGGCGCCCAAGGCCACCACCCUUCUUGAGCCCCGAGAAAGAGGAAGAGAUUGCCAAGAACCUGAAGAAGUAUAGUAAGAAGUAUGAAGCAGAGGACCAAGAUGUGUCAUUACUAUUGAGUGAGCAGGAUCGGGAGAAGCGAAAGAUGUUGAAAGAGGAAUGGGAGAGAUGGAUCAACGAGUGGAAGCGAUUGCACGAAGAAGAGGACUUGGAGAGGCAGAAGCUAAGGGACGGAGAAGCCAGCGAUGAGGAAGAGGAGUACGAGGCAAAGGAAGUUGAGGUCGAAGAGUUGUUGGAUGUUUCAGAAGAGGUUCUAUCAUUUGACUUUGGACAAGAGUGAGUCUAAUGUAGCUGAUAUUUUUGAAGUUAUUUCGGAUUAGGUCCUGCGAUCCAUUUUAUUUAUGAUCUCUAUUUGGUUGGUUCUGUAUGGAGCUUAAAAUGUUUUUGUUUUCUCAUUCUUACCUUAUUUUGUUGUUUAGAAUGUUUGUUCACUUGAGGAAGUUUUGUUUACUUGCCUAGAUUACAAUACUUAUGGUGGUUAUUAUCUAGUGGGUCUAAAUUAUUUAUUGUAACAACUCUAGCUUUUUUUAAUUCACCAAGUGAUGUAAUUGAAGUGAUUUGGGAUGAGCUGGGAAGCUGAUAAGUUAGCCUUUAAUGAUAUCACCAAAAGGGUUAAUUGCACCUGGA